AUGGACGAUUACCAGAGACUCGUCGUGGCUCAAUUCUUCGAGCCAAUGCCAAACCUCUCCCAGAAAUCGUGUCACCAGUUCGUCUUGCACCAUAUUGCCCCUAUACUUCUUCCCAACGCUACCGGCAAGGUCGAUGUUCAACCUAGCCCUUUCCAGGGGAGGAUGAGCUACACCGCUAUAUUACAUACUCAUUCCAGGAGCGCUGAUCAUCGCAUUGCCGUCCAGUUUCGAAGCGACAAGCAAGACCUUUUCGGAGUCAACGAAGCUAGCCGCAUCCGUGGACCUAUUGUACCCCUGGUAACAUACCAGGGCAUGUGCGAAGGGCUGUUUGUGUAUGCAUCGCCUUUUGCAGAAGGGAUACCGUAUAUCAGUGUCUUGAUGUCUUCUGAGGACUUUCAACUGCCGCUCCAGAGGAAGAUGGUGACUCUUAUGGACCUUGCAGACCUCAUUACUCGGGGAGCAGAGCGACCACUACUAUACUCAACACUACUGUAUCCGACCUCACUUCUACUCUUGAGGGAAUUCGUCAUACGCAAGCUUCUACCACGGUUACGCGAUCUUGCUGCCCUCCCCGUCACCCUUACCCACCAGGAUCUCACCCCAUUCAAUUACCUUAUCGAUGACUCUACGGGCCGGGUUCAAGCUGUACUAGACUGGGAUGGUGCUCUAUACCUCCCAGUUGGGUCGAAUUUUCAUUUUAUGGAUAGCCUUUUCGGGUUCAUGACCCUGAGUGGCUGGCAAGACACGGAGGAUCGCCAGGAACUCGAGACAGCGUUUUACGAUCGGGCUCUGACUAGUCUUGCUGCGCAGGGAUUUGGGGGAAUAACAAAAGAGCAACUGGAAUCGCAGAAGGCGAUCGGGAUGUUGCUGUAUAGUGUGGAGCGGCUUCUCAAGUUUAAAGACGAACGAUCCGAGCACUAUCUAGAUGGAUAUCUUGGCGGGUUAUCUCUCAUGAACGGGUUCAUGUUCUCGCAUUAG